CCACGCUUGUUUAAUGACAUACUCCAUCAGCUCCCAAAUAGUAUUAGCAAGUGUCCCUCGACCAGAGUCAGGCAGAGCUUGCAGCCACAGUCAGCAAUGGCGGCCGCCGCCGAGGUGGGAGGGGACAAGUACCGCUCCUUCAUCCACGGCGAGAGCGAGAGGGACACCGUGUGGAGGCACGGCGCGCCGCCCAACUACGAUGUCGUCAACAAGCUCUUCGAGGCGGAGCGGACGCAGGUGUGGCCCGAGGGGUCCCUGGAGGAGAAGGUGCAGCGGCUGCUCAAGACCUGGGAGAUGGAGCUGGUCCACAAGGUGCGCCCCGAGGACCAGAAGACCGUCAACUCCGCCAAGUACACCGCCAGCACCAACGGGAUGAAGGCCCUGAGCCGGGCCGAGGUGAUGGCCAUCGGCGGCUACAACAACUUCCUGCGCACCAAGCUCCCCCCCGAGCACCGCAUCUUCGACCCGGACCAGGAGACGCUCGAGUCCUCCAUGGCCACGUUCCUGACGGCCUUCCCGCGGGGGUUCGCCAUCGAGGUGCUCGACGUCUACAGCGGCCCGCCCAAGAUCGCCUUCAAGUUCCGGCACUGGGGUUACAUGGAGGGGCCCUUCAAGGGCCACCCGCCGCACGGCCAGCGCGUCGAGUUCGUCGGCGUCUGCAUCUUCCAUGUUGACGAGGAGAUGAAGGUGGAGAAGUCGGAGUACUUCUACGAGCGCGGCAACUUCCUGGCCAGCUUCUUGAGCCCGCCCGAUGCCGCGUCAGGUUCAGGCUCAGGCUGCCCGGUGAUGCAGGCGGACUGAAUGAAUGCAUCGAACAGCGAGCGUGUUUGGACUCUGGAACGGCCAAAUUCAGUGUAUCGCAGCUGCUUUCUGAUUGAUGAUAAUUCCGCGUGGCAUGAAAUAAGCGUGAAAUUGGAUGAAAAAGUUUGUUUGUUCUCGCAAGAGAAGAAGAGUAGCUUGGUGUUUGUCUGCCACACAACCUUCCUUGCUCCGUAUGGAUACGUCAUGGUGCCAGCCCAAGGCUGAGUUUUAGAAUGGCGAAAUGACGUAACAUGAUUUAUUAGUGUGCCGCCA